AUGAAGGUCAAGCCUCCUGUAUUGCGAUUUGAGGGCACCGAUAGUGUUACCCUCAACUACGAUGUUGCAGGGGGAACAACUCAGAUUGAUGACGGCAAGGUGAAGCCAUUGCCAGCUGGACUCUCUAUACAGCUCACAACAAGGCUCAGCAAUGUCUCUGGCACGGUCGAUAGCGCAAACCAAUUCACCGAGGACAAAGAUAGUAAUGGCCGGCCCGCAAGCAUCAAGCCUCCAAAAUACAAAGUGGUUCUCAACCCAGCACAGAGACAGGCAGCUCAAUGCGUGUUCAUCGACAUGACAAAUGUCACUGCAAGUGUGAAGCCACAGCCAGGGAGCACCCAAAUGGCAGAAAGAGAGGCCAAGGCAUUGAAUGCGACCUGCGACCAGAUCCGGUUCUACUUCCAAAACGCAAAAGAAACCAAGUACUACUUGGCGGGCGUGUCCAACGCCUAUGCGUCGGAGAAGGACGCGCAUGUCCUGCGGCCUGUGUCGUUUAACUUUUCGAUUGUGGGUGCUGAGACGAACGAAGCAGCUUUGUGUAUGUGGAUCGAGGUCAGUGGUGGUGCCCGAAACGGCGCAGAACAAUCAGGGGCAUCGUCGGUCACAUUCCAUCCAAAAGAGCAUGAUCGCAACCCAUUGCCCGUUGGCAGUACCGCCAGUGUUAUCCUCAGUCACGAUAUCAUCUGGAGUCAGUUUCUGAAGGUGCGUCUGCUAUUCUGCACACAGUGUGCCCUGGUGUAA